CGGGCCCCGGGGAGGGCCCUGUCUAUGUUCCCAGGUUGGCUGGUUCUGGCCCUCCUGUCCGUGCUGGGCGUGAGUACUGAAGCCUUCGAUGACCAACUUGUCAAAUGCUUUGAAGACCCCCAGUAUGAAGAGCUGAUACAGCUGGCUCAAGAUGGGCUGAGGCAGACAGCUGAAAGAAAACGGAUAGUGGUGAUUGGAGCAGGCAUGGCUGGGCUCACCGCUGCCAAGACUCUGCAGGACGCUGGCCACCAGGUGACUGUCCUGGAGGCCUCAGGGCGUGUAGGUGGCAGAAUAGAGACCCAUAGAGUUCCUGGAGCACAGUGGUACAUAGAGCUUGGCGCCAUGAGGAUUCCUGUCAACCACAGGCUCUCUCAUGAGCUCAUCAGGAAGUUUGGGAUGACCCUCAAGGAGUUUUGCCCCUACAACAACCAGACCUGGGUGCUGGUCAAUGGAGUACGGCAGCGCUUGGGGGCUGUGCAGGCCGACCCCAGCCUACUAGGCUACCCGGUCAGAGCAGAUGAGGUGGGAAAGACAGCUGAACAGCUCUUCAAUGAAUCACUGAGAAAGGUGGUGGAGGAGCUGAAGAACAGUAACUGCAGCCAGAUGCUGGAAAAGUAUGACUCCUUUUCCACCAAGGAGUACCUGAUCAAGGUGGGGAACCUGAGUCGUGGGGCAGUGCAGAUGAUCGGGGACCUGCUGAACACAGACUCUGGCUACUAUGAGGCCUUCAUAGAAACUCUACGCGGCAUCAUCUCCUUCUUUCAGGAUCCCAGGUUCUAUGAAAUCGUUGGAGGCUUCGACCAACUCCCUCAGGCCCUGCAUGAUGCCCUCUUGCCAGGGACAGUCUUGUUUCGCUCACCAGCAGAGGAAGUAGAGGUAUCUGGAGACCAUGUCCAUGUCACCUACAGGACGCCUGACCCUCUGCAACCCAGGUCACAUCUGACUGCCGAUUUUGUGGUGGUGGCCUGCACUGCCAAGGCUGCCCGGCUCCUCCAUUUUAGGCCACCCCUCUCUCUCAACAAGGAGGAUGCACUACGUUCAGUUCACUACAACAGUGCCACCAAAGUGAUCCUGGCCUGCACACAGCGUUUCUGGGAGCAUGAAGGCAUUUCCAGUGGCAAGUCCAGCACAGACCGCCCUUCCCGCUUUAUCUACUACCCCGAUCACAUAUUCCCCAAUGGCACAGGGGUCAUCCUGGCUUCCUAUACUCUAGACGAUGACUCCAUAUUCUUUGCUGCCAUGGACCAUGCCCAGGUGGUUGAUGUCAUCUUGAAUGACCUAGCCGCUGUCCAUGACCGCCCCAAAGAAGAGCUCCGGGCCCUGUGCCCCUAUUCCACAGUCAAGCACUGGAGCCAAGAUCCUUAUUCCAUGGGAGGGUUCACCUUUUUCACUCCUUACCAAUAUGUGGACUAUGCCCAGGAGCUCAGCCAUCCAGAAGGGCCGGUCUACUUUGCUGGUGAGCACACAGCCCUGCCUCAUGGCUGGAUUGACACAGCUAUCAAAUCAGGACUCAGAGCAGCAAAGAGUAUCCAAGAGGCUGUGGAUUUGACUUUGACAAAGGACCCUGGGGACACAAAAGAGGCCUACUCCAAAAGUGAGCUAUAG